AUGCGGCUCACCACUACCGCUGCGACCGCUGCCACGGUCGUUUACGGUCUCUCGCCUGUUGCUUCAGCUGCGCUUUAUGAUUCUGUCGUUCAAACCAAAUAUGGCAAAGUCCAGGGAUAUCCUGCAUUCAAUGAAACCUACAACGGCAACCUGACCCAUUGGAAGGAUAUAACUGUCUGGAAAGGAAUCCCCUUUGCUGCUACUACAGGUGGUCAAAAUCGCUGGAAAGCUCCCCAACCUGCAUCCCCAUGGAAUGGCACCUUGGAUGCCAAGGAAUUUGGCGAUGUGUGUCCAUCUGCCACCAACGGUGAUAAUGACUAUACUAUCACCGAGGAUUGUCUGAACCUCAAUAUCUGGAGCCCUGCUCGUUCAUCGAGUGACAAAUUACCUGUGGUUAUGUGGAGUUAUCCUGCUCUCUCGACUGCAAGAGAUGCCCUGUUUGAUGGAGGUGGUAUGGCAGACCAGGGGAUUGUAUUUGUGAACUACAACUAUCGAACCGGCUCAUUUGGUUGGAUGGCAACGCCCGAGCUCUCUGAAGAAUUCGAGAAGGUCACGGGCUCUAACAGUUCCGGCAAUUGGGGUAUGCUUGACCAGUUUGCUGCUCUCAAAUGGAUCAAGGCCAAUAUUGCCAACUUUGGUGGAGACCCUGACCAUAUUACUGUGAUGGGUCAGUCUGCCGGAUCGGCUGCCACACAGCAUAUCUUGAACAGCAACCUCACAAGAGGUUUGAUUGUUGGAGCUAUUAUCGAAAGUGGAGUACGCUAUCCGGAAGAUCCUAUGGCUAUGGAAGCUGCCGAGGCCUAUCGCACUUUGGAUGUCUCCUACAACACUGCUGAAAAGUUCAUGGCUAGUCUGAAUGUUUCCACAAUUGCUGAAGCACGAGAACUGCCAAUGAGUGAUCUUGUUACCAACUUCCUUACUUCGCCAUACUCUUUUACCGCGACACUCGAUUACUACGCUAUCCCGGAGACUUACUGGAAUACACUAAAGAACAAGAUUGCUCAGGAUGUGCCAGUGCUUACAGGAAAUACAAAAGAUGAAAGUGGGGCCACUUAUGGUCUCAAUAUUUCUUUGGAAACAUACUAUGAGGAUUUUAACUCCACGUUUAGCGGCGAGUGGCUUCAGCGCUUCCUUGACCUAUACCCUGCCACCGAUAGGGUCACUGCUUCUGGAGCUGAGAAUUCUCAGUGGACAGACCGUUCUAAGAUUGGCACAUGGCUCUGGUCUCAGAUGUGGAAUGCUGCUUACGAGAGCCCCAUCUAUAACUACUACUGGGACCAUGCUCCUCCUGGUCAGGAUCAGGGUGCUUACCACGAGUCGGAGAUCAAUUAUGUUUUGAAUAACCUCUACGCGACCUCUAAGCCGUGGACUGCUGCAGACUACGCCAUUGCGAAAAAGAUGAACACCUACUGGGCAAACUUCAUCAAAACUGGCAACCCCAAUGGCCCAGGCCUCACCCCUUGGCCGGCUGUCAACUCUUCGGAACUUGUCCAGCAUGUUGGAGAUGGAUGGGGACAGAUUCCAGUUGGCUGGAGUGAGAAGGUCGCCCUGUUCAAGGCAUGGUUCAGUACUUUGAAAAAGUACUAA